GACGUGGUUGCGCGCACCACUUCGCCCCCUCUCCCCCUUUUCCCCUCCCCUCAGCAUCAUGAAGGCGAGCCUCUGGUUAUUGCUCGCGACUCUCGCGACGGCCGCCGCCCAGGCGCCGGCGUACCCUGCCGACUGGGCGACUGCACCCAAGACGCCGGCAUCGACGUUCAUCAACAUCAAGACUUCGACCCAGUGCCGCCGCGUCACGGUCAACGGCUUCAAGCAGGGGGGCAUUGAGAAGUUCCAGGGGAUUCCGUUCGCCAAGCCGCUCCUUGGCCCGAACCGCUUCAAGCGCCCCGAGAUGGCAGAGUACGGCGCGAGCAUCGACGCGACCAAGACGCCCAAGUCAUGCAUGCAGGCCAGCGCGGCCGACGUCGACGAGGACUGCCUCACGCUCACGGUCAUUGCGCCGGCCGGGUCUGCCGGCAGCAAGGCGAGGUUGCCCGUCAUGGUGUGGAUCUACGGCGGCGGCUUCAUCGAAGGCUCGCAGGUCUACUACAACAACGCCGGGCUCGUCCCUUACUCCGCCGUGUCCGACCAGCCCGUCAUUCUGGUCACGAUCAACUACCGCGUCGGCAUCUGGGGCUUCGGGUACGGCAAGGAGAUUGCUGCUGCCGGCGCGGGCAACCUCGGCCUCCGCGACCAGAUCCUCGCGCUCCAGUGGGUGCAGAAGCACAUUCGCAAGUUUGGCGGCUGCAAGAAGAAGGUGACCGUGUUUGGGCAGAGCGCGGGCGCGAUCUCCAUCGCCAACCUGCUGCUCAACCCCCAGCAGAAGCUGUUCCGCGCCGCGAUCAUGCAGAGCGGUUCAGCCAGCACGGCGCCUAUCGGGCCGACGGGCACGACGUUCCAGGCGUCCUAUGACGCGCUGGUCGCCGCCGCAGGAUGUAAUGGCACUGCGGCGAGCCUCGAAUGUCUCGGCAAGCUCGACCAGAACGCGCUCCUCAAGGCGCAGAACGCGAUGAAGUCCCAGUUCCAGUACUCGCUAGGCUUCACAUUCGCGCCCAGUAUCGACGGCGACCUCAUCCCCUCCUCGCCGGCAGAGCUGCUCCGCGCAGGCAAGGUCUCCAAGGUCCCCUUCAUCACCGGCGCCACCAAGGACGAGGGCACGGCGUUCAUCCCCCAGUCGAGCCUGCUGUCGACCCCCGGCGCGGCGCAGAUCGCCCUCGGCCUCCUGUACCCUGCGCCGCCGGCCGCCACCAUCGCCGACGGCAUCUUCCAGCGCUGGCCUGCUGACCCGACCCAGGGAGCUCCCUUCGGCACCGGCACCGAGACGUUCGGCCUCCCCGCCGCGUUCAAGCAGCUCGCCGCCGCCAUCACGGACAUUGCGUUCAACUCGCGCCGCCGGUGGUUCAUCCGCAACUCGAACAUUGCGGGCAACGCCAAGACGUGGACGUACCUGUUCAACGCGACCGGCCCGUGCGAGGAGCCGCAGCUCGGCAGCACGCACUCGGACGACCUGCAGUACACGUUUGGCGAGGCGUGGGCCAAGGGCGCGUCCGAGGGCUACACCCCGGACCAGAUCACGCUCUCCACCCAGCUCAUGGACUACUGGAUCAACUUUGCGUACCACGCCGACCCGAACGGCGACUGCCUCCCCGAGUGGCCCGAGCACAGCUUCCCCGCCAACAAGAACAGUCUGAGCAUCAUCCCCGGCGCGCUGAGCGUCAUCCAGGACGACUUUAGGGAGGACAAGAUCGACUGGAUGAACGACUCGGCAGUCGCAAAGGGCCUGUGGAUGCGUGACGAGAGCGUCACGGCAGAGCUGAGGCGCUUGUCGGCGUAAGUGAGUGGGGUGAGCGAGUCGGCUCGGGGCAUGACGCGCCGAGCGAGCCGGCUGCCCCGCGCCUCGCCGUCCUCAGGGCUCGACGCGCCGAGUCGAUCCGGCGAUCCGGAGGGACCGGGGCAGGUAGGCCGGAGGGAACCGCGGCGCGGGGUGGGUGGGUGGAGAGUAGAACCAACACUCGGCGCUCGGUGCCAUGCCGAGGGCCGGCUGGUGGGCUUCGCAAACGGGCACAAAGGGGCCCAGGACAGUUUGUCGCACGUACCAGGUUUUUUUCUAAUGCACAAUGCAUUGCGCUGUGUG